CGCUACUGCGCAUGUGCACGGAAUCAUUCGCCGGGACAGGAGGUAGGGUUUCAGUGACGUACCAGGAAGUGUUUACACGCGUGUUUGAGUCGUGAAAGUUUCGCGUUUGUGGACACACCUGUGUGAGCGUGGAGCAGGUGAGUUGAUGAUGUCAUCAGCUGAUGAGCAGUUGUGUCUGAACAUCUGCAGUGAUGUGACGUCAUCGUCCAGCAGGAGGAAACAUGUAAAGAGUCAGCAGAGAUGGAGCAAGAAGAAGCAGAGAGCGGAGAAAAGGAGGUUCAGCUCCUCGGAGGACGACCGGAGGAGGAGCAGCUUCAAAGACAUGAAGCUGCAGGAGGAGGAGCCUCAGGAGGAGACUCAAGCUCCGCCCACGGAGGUGACCGACACAACACCACCGAAGAAGAAACAGAAGAAGAAGACAGAAGCAGUGAAGGAUGCGGGACAUGGCAGCAUCAAGACAUCGUCUCUGUUUAAACACAACCCUGACAUCCCACAGCUCCACAGUCCCGCCGUCUGUCAGCUGAAGGAGCAGAUCUUCACCAAGGACUCGUUCUCAGACCUUCCCCUGCAUCCUCACCUGGUGGCAACACUGAACAAAGUCCUGAAUGUUUCCACGCUGACCAGUGUUCAGAAACAGUCCAUUCCAGCCCUCCUGUCGGGACGGGACGCUGUGAUUCGCUCUCAGACUGGUUCAGGUAAAACUCUGUCCUUCGCCGUCCCACUGGUCCAGAGUCUCCAGGAGCUGCAGCCCAAGAUCCAGCGCUCAGACGGACCGCUGGCCGUCGUCAUCGUCCCCACCAGAGAGCUCGCCCUGCAGACCUUCAACACCUUCCAGAAGCUUCUCAAGCCGUUCACCUGGAUCGUUCCAGGUGUGCUGAUGGGAGGAGAGAAGAGGAAGGCAGAGAAGGCCAGGCUCCGUAAAGGAAUCAACAUCCUGGUGUCGACUCCUGGACGUCUGGUGGAUCACAUCAAACACACCCUGAGCAUCGCCUUCAGCGCCGUCCGCUGGCUGGUCCUGGACGAAGCCGACCGGACUCUGGAUCUGGGCUUUGAGAAGGACCUGACCGUCAUAUUAAACAGCCUUAAUGCUGCUGGACCCAGCAGACAGAACGUCCUGCUGUCAGCGACGCUCACCCUGGGGGUGACCCGCUUAGCAGACGUCUGUUUAAACGACCCAAUCAGCAUCCAUGUGUCUGGCCCCGCUUCCUCUGACCUCCCUGCUGUCACUCCUGACACCAGCCAAUCAGAGAGCUUCGCCGUGCCGGAGGCUCUGCGGCAGUUUGUGGUUCUGGUUCCCAGUAAGGUCCGACUGGUCUGUCUGGCCGCCUUCAUCCUGGACAAAUGCAAGUUUUCUCAGAACAAACUCAUCGUAUUCGUGUCGAGCUGCGAAGUCGUCGACUUCCUGCACUCGCUGUUCACCGCCGUCCUCGCCGGGCCCUCGGCCAAUCACAAGCCUCCGGUCGGCUUCUUGCGUCUCCAUGGCAACAUGAAACAGGAGGAGCGAUCGGAGACGUUCCAGCAGUUCUCAGAGUCAGAGGGGGGAGUCCUGCUGUGCACGGACGUAGCAGCCAGGGGUCUGGACCUUCCUCAGGUCACCUGGAUCAUUCAGUUCACGCCCCCCACGGCGGCGGCCGAAUACGUUCACCGGGUCGGUCGGACGGCUCGGAUUGGAGGACGAGGAAGCAGCCUCCUCUUCCUCACCCCCGCUGAGACCGCCUUCAUCACCGAGCUGGCCAAUCACAACAUCAGCCUAUCAGAGAUGAAGCUGCAGGACAUCCUGUCCAGUCUGAUGAUGGACGACACCUACAAGGGGCGGGGCAAGUACCACAGCAAGAGCUCGUCCUCGGCGCUGCAGCAGGACAUCCGUGAGCGUGCGACCGUCCUUCAGACCGACUUUGAGAACUUCGUGCACUCGGACGCUGAGUCGCUGCAGGCGGCUAAGAAAGCGCUGCAGUCUUACCUGCGGGCCUACACCACCUACCCCGCUCACCUUAAACACAUCUUCCACAUCCGAUCGCUGCACCUGGGCCACGCCGCCAAGAGCUUCGGCCUCAGAGACGCUCCACAGGGCCUCAGCACCGCCGGAACCAGAACCAAGAGGAACCAGAGCCAGAGCCAGAACCAGAACCGGAGGGCCAAGGACAGGAGCCCCACCAAACACCAGAACCAGAACAAGUCCAGUGGAAAGAAGAGGUUCUCCGCUGCUCAGAUGGAUCUCCGGCUGCUUCGCUCCGAGUUCUCCAGCGGGUUGGACGGACGACGGCCAGACAAGAAGAAGAAAAACAAGGAGAAGGUUCUGCAGAAACACCAGAACUGACAGAGAACCUGAAAACACAAAGAACCACAAACGGCUUCCUGUUUCAGGAUGUUUCACAUUAAAACUGUUUUUCUGUAAAAUAAAAGUUGAUUUUUACUCAAACCUGCAACAGCUGAUUACAGACCAGCAAGGAGCUCUCUGAUUGGUCUCUGAGGUGUCCUGUCCUCCUCUCUGAUUGGUCGAGGGCUCUUAGUGAUGACCAGGAGUCAACAUAGACGCUGACAUACACUGUGUGUGUCUUUGUGUUGUUUUGUGUCCUGAAAUAACACAACUUCCUGAUCUGUGA